AAUAUUGGAACUUUGCUUACUAACAAAUGGUCGUCCUCUGAGAAUGAGGGAGAGAUUUCACGACGACAUCACGCCCCAAUUAAUCCUUUCUCGUCGCUCUCCCUCAGUGUGCACAUAAUUUUAAUUCACCCACGAGCGUUCUAGUAAACUGGGGAGAUGUCGAAAGGAGUCGUCACCCUCAUCAUCAAGGCAGCCAAUCAGAGCGUCCCAGACCACCGCAUUGACUGCAACACGGAAUGGUCUGUCUUACACCUCAAAGACCACCUCUCGUCAGAACACCCCUCCAAGCCUAGAGUGGAUGAACAACGACUCAUCUACUCGGGCCAGUUACUUCUCGACAACAUACUUCUUCGAAACGUACUGCGAUACCCUUCAGAAAACAACUCUUAUACAAUACACCUAGUGUGUUCCCCCCCUCGUAACACUGCCAACACCAGCCCACAACACUCUCAGGCAACGGAGCAGAGGAGACCCCUGCCCCAGAGCGCCCCAUUUGCAAGAAAUAGCGCACAGACACGAGCAGAGACCAAUACCAACCAAAGCAUGACGGGCCAGCAGCAGGAGGGGCCUUUGGCGAACACAGAAUCGCCAGAUGGUGUUCGCCGACGCAAUGUGGUGACUGCGUCAGGGGGGAUCCCGGUGCCCACACAGCAGACCAUAGAUGCAUCUGCUUAUCCAUCCCCCACACAGAUGGUUGCUAAUGCAUUCCAGGCUAGUGGUGACCCAAUGCAACAAAUGGCAACCAUGCAGCAAAUGUAUGCUCACUACAUGGCAUACAUGCAAUACAUGCAGAUGGGUGGAGGCAUGGCUGGUCUGGCCUGGCCGCAGCAAAUGGUUCAGCUCCCGAGUGUGCCUAAUCCUCCAGCGUCCAGUACGACCACCACAACUGUGCCCACUGUGGAUCAGAUUCGAAUGAAUGCUCAAGGUGGUGAAGUCGAUGAUGACGAUGAUGACGAGGGCAUGGGCCGUGACUGGUUGGACUGGAUCUACGUUCUCUCGCGGAUGGUUGUGCUUCUGUCGAUUGUCUACUUCUAUUCUACUGUCUCUAGGUUCAUGAUUGUUGUCUGCAUCGCCAUGUUGUUAUACCUAUACCAAGCCGGCUGGUUCACACCUGCACGGCGAGUAGAGCAACCGCGCGAAGCUGACGAGAACGAAAACGAAAAUGACAACAUCCAGGACGAUAGAAACAACAAUAUAAACAAUAAUAAUAACAACAAUGAUGUCCCUGCGGAGGCGAGAAAUCAAGGUGAAGAAAUUCUGGGAGAGGCGAGAAAUCCAGGAGAGGAAGAGGCUGGUGCUGGCGACAACCAAGGGAACACUCAGGGUAAUGAAGGGACAGAUAGGGUAGUUGAGGAGAUACCAGUUAGGCCCUCCAUCCUUGCCCUCUCGUGGACCUUCCUUACCUCCCUUUUCACGUCGCUCAUCCCUGAACAGCCACAAGUGAUUUAGGUGCUGCAUCCAGCUGUUCUCUGCCAGUCAAAGUAGAGUGUCAUUGUUGGUCAAGGCAUGAGCAGUGGUUGACUGGCUGAAGUUGCUCAUCCGUGCGGCGUAAAGAGAGGACGGAACGCCGGGAAGUGGGUGUGGAGGACAUUAACCUAAGAGUUUAUCAACGCCUUGUUUGUUCUAGUUUAUUUGUAAGUAAGCACGGUUGCCUAUCAGUAUUUUCUUUCUCUGUGCUAAGUUAGCUGUCUAGGCAGCACAUGGGUUAAUCACUUUGAAAAUGAGGGUCUUCAUUCUCUAUAGGGUUGAUUCUGCACUCACAUUUGUCAAUGCUUGUAUUUGGUUGACAAAAGAAAACUAUAUAAUGGAGCACUUGGGAAGAUCACUUGUGUAUUUGCCAUGUUAUUGUCUACUAUGUAGCAUAGGGACAUAUAUUAAUGAAAAGACAAAAAAUAUUUAUAUAGAACUUAAUAUAUGUAUCAUCAGUAUGUAAAAGGUAACUUGGUGAUGGCAUAUGUUAUUUGCUUGUCUUUUGGGAAAAAAAUGUUUAUCACAGUUUUUUUUCUGUAAGAGAAGAAUGCAGGGAAAAUCCUGUUUUAUCAUGUCUUAAAAGCUUUAGUUUUACAUAUUUCAUAUCGGAUGUUGAAAGGUAACAUUUGUAAAAAACUUGUAUGAAGAUAAUUUAAUCAUAGGAACUAUUUCUAAGACCAGGGGAAAGUAACUACUAUUAGUUCACAUAAAACAAUGUUGUUACCAGUGUUAAAAAAAAAGCAAAAUAUGUAUAUACAGACCUGAACAUUUGGACUGGAAUUAUUUUCACUCUUGCAUCUGUUAUCUAGUUUUCAUGACUGAACAAUGUAUGGCCAGUGGACCUGCAAGGGUGAAUUUAAUGCCAAGACCACAAUACUCACUAUUUAUUCUUAUUUUUUUAUCAUUCACCUCGUACCAUUCACUUAAGUCAAAAUGUACAGAGAAACAAGUCUGUCUGUUGGUGUAGGGUGUAACUCUCCUUCAGUUUGAUAUUGCUACUUUUAUGCUGUAUUCACUUGAAGGCUUGACUGUUACAAAAUAACUUGUUAUUGUACUGUCUGUCUUCCAUGUUGAACUGAGAGGACACAGGGUUGACAUGCCAGAGUUUUAUUUUUCUUGAACUCACCAGCUGGGUAGUUUUCAAUAGGGGAAAG